AUGAUAAAUGCUAUAAAUCCAAAAAAAUCGGUUGGACCAGAUGGGAUUCAUCCUUUUGUAUUAAAAGAAUGUGUAAAUGCUUUUUCUAAUCCAUUGACUUUAUUAUUUAACAAAUCAAUUUAUGAAGGUGUAGUACAUAUUUCAUGGAAGACACCAAACAUAACGCCGCUGUUUAAAAAUGGCAGUAGAAAUAAACAUGGUUUUACAAAAGGCAAAAGUUGCAAAACUAAUCUCUUAGAGUACAUGGAUAUAGUAACAACAUGUGUUGCAAAUGGUAAAUUGUUUGAUAUCCUUUAUACUGAUUUCAAGAAAGCCUUUGACAAAGUUUCACAUAGGUGGUUAGCACUAAAACUUGAAAUAUAUGGGAUUAUAUCUACGUCAUUGAAGUGGAUAAUUUAUUUUUUAUCUGAUAGGAAGCAAAGAGUUGUACUUGGAGAAAGUAAAGAAUAUUAUAUAAUAGAAUACUUAAAUACCUCGACCAAAAUACUAUAUACCAAACUGUUUGGCUUAAAAAAAAAUAUUUCAACUGAGCACACAAUUAUUCAACUUGUUCGGGAAAUUUCAGAAUCUUUCGAAAAAAAACAAUAUACGCUAGGAGUCUAUAUUGAUCUUUCGAAGACUUUCGACACUGUUGACCAUAUAAUAUUGCUUAGAAAGCUCAAAUACUAUGGAAUCGAUAACAAUAUGCUAAAAUGGUUUUAUACUUACUUAUCAUAUAAAAAACAAUUUGUAACCUCUAAUAAUGGCCUUCAAAGUGACUAUGCUGUAAAAACCUGUGGUGUACAACAAUGCUCUUUUCUAGGUCCUCUUAUGUUUUUAAUUUAUAUUAAUGAUUUAAGUAAAGCAGGUAAUCUUCGAAGUAUUCGAAAUAUUCGAAGUAUUAUGUUUGCUGAUGAUACAAAUUCUUAUCAAACAGUAAUAUUAAUGAGCUGUUUUAUAACAUGA